UUUUGGCAUGCGCAAUCAUGUUUGGCUCAAGCGGAGAGCAGUUCGCCUUUUGCCCUCCCGCGCGAUUUCAAGUGCACAUUCGCGGUGAGGUUGCUGGCUCCAGCAGAUGCUCAGUGCUGCGUGCCAGUGCCAGUGUUCCGAAGGGCCCGCGCAGGUAGUCGAACAUGUGGCGGUUCCCAACGAGGGCCUGCCACAUCUGCCCCAGCUGCUGGAGGUGGAGGUGCCUGAAGAGCGGCAGCGGCUGUGGGUCGAACGCGGAGGCCUCGAGCUUGACCCAGUGCUUGCGAGUGGUGCCCUUCUUCUGCUGGACGCAGGGUCGUUGAUUCAGCUGGCAAGCUCGGGGGGCAUCCUUCAACCGCGCCAGACACUGCCGCCUGCCGCUUUCGCGUCCCAUAGCACAGUGAGGGCGGCCACUCAUCAGGUUCCAGAGACGAUCGGGCAGUCGCAAAAAGGCGCCUUUCCUCUUUUCACGGCGGUGUUGCGUAUCGUGUGCGUGUCGCACUGCUGGCUGCAGCCGCGCCACCCCGACCCGCUCGGAUACAACCUCAGGGUCUUGGGGAGGGCCCUGGCGCUCCUGCUCCGCGCGGAUGCGUUUGGACCGGGCGUCUGGUCGGUUUUCUUCGAUCUCUGCGGCCUCCAUCAAGCGUGCCGAGACCGCGAGGGCAUUCCGCAGCAGAGGACCUUCGCGUGGCUGGAGGACGACAGCGGGUUCGCGGAUGGUGCAGUCGGGCGUUUCAUUUCAGAAGAGAUGUUGUUCAAGGAGGCCUUGACUUCGCUCGGGAUCUUAUAUUCCCACCCGCAUACUAUCGUCUUCAUGCUGACCCAGUUCCCGCCCGACUAUGACGACCCUGGCGUGUACGACCGCUCUGGGAACGUUGAGUCCUACAUGAAUCGUGGCUGGUGUUUCAUGGAGCUCUCCCUUGCCAGGAUGGUCAAGCACUCCCACUUUUCUUUGGACCUUGGGAGGGCCACUGGAGCGGAGGAGGUUUUCCUGGCUACUACCGAUGGUAACCGCGUCAGGGACAGCUGCUUGGCAGGCACCUGUGCAGUGAGCCAGCUCGCCCCAGCCAUCCCAGAGGCCUUUGAGGCCAGUCUCGAGCGCAAAAUUUUCACCGCGGGGAAAGUCGACAGGCUCAGGGUCGCGGGGAUCUACUCCGACACGUUCAAGUCACGCAUCUGCAAGAUCUCACUUCUCCACUACGUGUCGAGUGGGUGGGGCGACUCCGAGGCGGGCCAGCUCGCCGACCUGAUCGCCUCUGGCAUGCCCAAGCUGUGGGGGCUGGGCGUGAUCGAUAGCCGCAUCGGCGACGACGGCUUCGCGAAGCUGUCGGAGGCGUUGGUUGCUCCGGGGGGGCCGCAGGCCCUCGAGGGGCUGGUCGUCAACCACAACGCCGUCGGCGACCGGGGCGCGGCGCGACUGGCAGAGGCCGCGGCCGAGCCAGGUGCGCUGAGGUCGCUGCGCGGGCUCGCCCUCAUCGGCAACCGCGUCGGCGACGAGGGCGCCGCGCGGCUGGCGGCGGCCGCUGCCACUCCAGGCGCCCUGCCGGCCCUGGAGGCCCUCAACCUCGCGGGCAACGGCAUCGGCGACCGCGGCGCGCGGGCCCUGGCGGAUGCGCUGGCCUCCCCGGAGGCGCUGCCGUCGCUGAGGCGCCUCGUGCUCUCUGGCAAUGCCCGCGUCGGCGGGGCUGGCAGGGAUGCGCUGCAGGUCGCUUGGGCCGCGGCCUCGAGGCCCACGGAGGGGGAGUUUCCGUCGGUGCGGAACCAGGAGAUGUUGCAGGCAGGUCUUUUCGUAUGAGGCUGCUGGGAGAGGAUGACCACACGGAGGCGGCGGCGCCUGAGAAAGGGUGCCAGAAGAUGUUGUCCCUCGAGGCGCGGUUGUAUGGUCAAGCUUCGGAUUUAAAGGGUUCCGUCGCAAUUGGCUACUGAGCCGAGGGCUCCCAGCUCCGCGCGGGGCGGUCGAGCCCUCCCGCCCGCCCGCAAGGGGUAAAUUGGUGUGUCCCGCCGACAUUUACGUCGAAUUCCAGAGACCUAUAGGGAUCUGCGACGACAGAGCGUACAUAUGUACAGUGUCCUGUUGUGACAGAGCGCAUCCUCUCUUUCUCCUGUUCUUCCUUCCCCUGCGGUCUCCUCCUCUCCCUCCUCCCUACUCCCACCUGCAAAACAAGAAUGUGCUGCCAGGUCGUCCGAAUGGUCGUCAAGCUUGGCGCGUUGCCGCUUGUUUUAAUCGAUGGCAAGCGUGUGCGCGCCUUUUUUCCGUGACACCGCGAUCAGCAGUUUGCCGAUAGUGAAUAGAGGAUUCGAGGGUGAGCAGCAGGGGACGGCCAGCCAGCGGGGGCGCUGUGUUGCGUGCCAGAUUUUGUUGCCAGCGCUUCACGCGCGAGUCAGGCGUAGCGUGCUGCCGCUUGUUUGAAUCGAUGUCAAGCGUGUGCGCGCCUCGACUCCGUGGAACCGCGUUCGGCCGUCUCCGUUGCAAACAAAAAA